ACGGUUUGUUUUGAUGCCGCUGGUGUCUUUCCAGCGUGGAGCUGCAGUGUCCCAGUCAUGGCCUCAGUUAUUAUACCAACAGCAGCUCUAAUGUCCGCCGCGGAGAGUCGAGCCGACGGCGGCGGCCUGGAAGAAGAGCAGAGAGGGACGAAGAGAAAGAUGUCUCUGUCCAGCUGUGGUGUUUGUGGAUCAGAGGAGGCCAAGUACAAGUGUCCUGCCUGCCUCACACAUUCAUGCAGCUUGCUAUGUGUGAAGAAACACAAAGAAGCUUCAGGAUGCAGUGGAGUCAGAAAUAAAACUGCAUUUGUGAACCUGUCACACUUUGAUGAAAUGACACUUCUCAGCGAUUACAGGUUUCUGGAGGAUACUGGGAGAUUUGCAGAUGGUGCCAACAGAGACAACCUCAUCAGGGCUCCUCAUACCACUUUUAAAGCGAAGAAGCUGGCAGCCAGUGCCAGGAAGAUGAACAUCACACUGAGGUUCCUCCCCGUCAGCUUCACCAAGAGCAGAGAAAACUCUACCUUCUUCCUAAAUAAAGAAAAACAGUUCCUGUGGCACCUGAAACUCAUAUUUCCUCAGAGCAGCUCAGAGUUCAGUCAGAGGAGGGUGUGUGACAGGCAAACCUUGGAACAGAUCUUGACCGCCUACAUUCACCCUACAGAGUCAGAGCCUGUGACUCGUCAAAAGUUGAAGAUGUAUGUGCACGCUCCAUUUGAUCACGUGAAAGUCUUCAUGAAAGCCGAGGGGAGAAAGGCGAACUCUGUGCGGUACCAUGAGUUGGACAUUCAGAAGAGCCUAAGGGAUAACCUGAGCUACAAAACAUUGAUUGAAUAUCCUGUGCUGCAUGUUGUGCUCAGAGAUCAGUGGAAGGACUAUCCACUGAAAGGACCAGCUGAACCUGCAUCAGCCUGCACUGGUAUUGCAACAAGGAAUGAUGGGAUGGACCAGGAGAAGGCGGUUGCGACCCAAGUUUCACCAUCACCACAAGGGUCUUGCACCCCAGCGGGAAGCAACUUCUGGACCCAAGAGGCCACUCCUGAAACCGAACCUCCGCAGGAGAAGCGAGCAAAAAGAGAGGCAGGAGGGGAGGAAGAACAAGAGGAAGGAGAGAUCAUGGACAGCAGUGAUGAAGAGGAUAGAAAUGCUAAUGUGAACACCUCAUGCCCUGAGAGCUGCGAUGGCGCCGGAAGCCCCGCUAAUGACAAGGAGGUGAUUAAAGGUGAACCAGCAGUCAGUGGCGGACAAUGUUGAUGAUGGUGUUAAUAAACACAGUGACAGCAGCGGGUAUCGGUAUAUAAACGAGGACAUUACUGUUCUACUGAUGACAGUUCAGCCGCCAGAGAGAGUGCUGAGGUCAGCAUGACUAAGGAGGAUGCUGUGAAAGAGCCCAAGCACUUCAUGCCCAUCACUGUCGAGAUGAAAAUGAGUCAGCUAAUGAUGCUGACAGCUGGGGAAUGGAAUGAUGAUACCAGAUGCUGAUGGUGACAUGAGUGACGGGGCAGACGUAUUUGUCAGGAGGUCAUCAGCAUUGUGUCAGAAAACAGAGACCAAUGCAAACUAGCAGGGUUUUUUUUUGUUUGUUUGUGAACAGAGAUUACUGUAAGAAACAAGAACAAUGGUUUUCCUGAUGUAUUGAAAUCAUUUAAAUGUUGUUUGCAUUUGCUUUUAGCUAUUCGAUUGUAAUCAUAUUUUCUCAAAUAAAGUCAGUGUUUGGAAAUUA